UUUGGUUUACCCAUCUUUUACUCCUUCCUCCAUAUCUGUUGACUAAUACUGUCAAACCGACUGUGCUUGUGCGUGCGGAUCCGUUUUCGGUUAUUCCUUCAUCGUGCUCGAAUCGAUUGAGCUGAUCCUGCUCUGAAAUGGCGGAGGAUCACCCCUCUCGGUAUGUCAAAUUGACCAAAGAUCAAGCGCCGAUGGAGGACAUUAAACCCGGCGAGCUCAAUCAGCCGAUUGAUGUGCCUCAGUUGCAUGUUCAAAAGUGUAAUGAAUGUGGGCAGCCUCUACCUGAAAGCUACCAAGCUCCUGCUGAUGAACCCUGGACUACUGGAAUAUUUGGUUGUGCAGAAGAUGUGGAAAGUUUUAGGACAGGACUAUUUUGCCCUUGUGUUCUGUUUGGCCGCAACGUUGAGCAACUGAGAGAAGAUACUCCGUGGACUGGCCCUUGCAUUUGUCAUGCUAUCUUUGUAGAGGGUGGCAUAGCAUUUGCAGUAGCAACUGCUGCUCUACACGGUUUUAUUGACCCAAGGACAACAUUUCUCAUUGGUGAGGGUUUGUUUUUCAGUUGGUGGAUGUGUGGGAUUUACACUGGCCUAGUUAGGCAAUCGCUGCAGAAGAAAUAUCAUCUCAAGAAUUCGCCAUGCGACCCUUGCUUGGUGCACUGCUGCAUGCAUUGGUGUGCCUUGUGCCAGGAGCACCGGGAGAUGAGGUCACGCCUAUCAGAGGCCUCUGUCGAACCAAUGACCGUAGUCAAUCCACCUCCAGUCCAGGAGAUGAGUGCCGCUGACAAUGGUCGGGAUCCAGCAUCAACCUCAGCAAAUGGAACUGAGCAAGUUAAAAUUGAGAUGCAGGCUCUAUAGGACUUGACGAUAGAGGAUGUAACGACGACAAAUAUAUAUAUAUAUAUAUCAGUAUCAUGCCUGUUAGAGUUGAAUUCUCUGGUUUUGGCAUUUCCUUUGGACAGGACAUUGUACAUUUUCAAUGUCGUGCAUUUGUGUGUAGCUGGGGUAGUUUGAGCUCUAUAACAAGUUUCGACUUGCAUAAAGAUUUUAUAUAUUUACCCAAUUAAGACAA